GCUCAGUCGCAGGGGGUUGCCUGUCCCGCCGUCGCCAGCCCGGCGGGGGGGCGGCGGGGGGAGCGCGGUUGUCUCCAGGGCCGGUCCUCUGCCCCCUCCCUCCCUUCUCUCUGCCACCCUCCCUCCCUCCCGCCGCCGCGGCCGAGGGCUGCGUGGCCACCCGCGCCUCCCGCUGCAGGGGCCGCCCCGUAUGGUCCCUGCCGCUGCCAUGAGCCAGGCCCCGGCUCCCCGCGGCGCUGACCCGCCGGAGAGCGAUGCCCGCAGCGGGGCCCCCAGCCGAGGGAUGCCGCCGCCGCCGCCCAGCCUGCCCCAGCUCCUCCACAAUGCUGCCAAGCUCCUGGAGAAGAAUCCGUUCUCUGUUGGCGCCCCGAGCCCCCUGCUCCCCUCGUCAGCGAGCCUGCAGCUGGCACAGCUCCAGGCACAGCUCACGCUCCACAGGCUGAAGUUGGCUCAGACCGCCGUCACCAACAACCCGGCCGCUGCCACUGUCCUCAACCAGGUGCUCUCCAAAGUGGCCAUGUCCCAGCCACUCUUCAACCAGCUGAGGCACCCCACGGUGAUGAACGCCCCGCAGGGUCACACCACAGGCCCGCCCCAGGGGCCCGGCAUGUCCGGCACGAGGUUCCCCUCUGGCAGCAUUGCCUUUCCUGCCCAGAGCCCAGCCUUAGCCACCCCGGGGGGAGGUCUGGGAGCCGUCCAGGCCCCCAACGCAAUUGUCAUGAAUCCUUUUGGAAGUGUCAUGGCUCCGACCUCCGGCCAGCAACCCGUGAUGGUGGGUCUCAACAAGGCAGGUGCUUCCACGUCUGCUGCUGCAGGGGGCUUUUAUGAGUACAACAAGCAAAAUGUCGUCACUGCCGCUUCUCAGGCAUUCACCUCGGAGGGGGAACAGUCCAGCCAGCACGGCUUCCUUGCUGGUGGCGCCCACACUGCCACCUCAGCAGCAGGGCCGCGCUACGAGAGUCACUUUGGGGCUCCUGGCCAGCUGCAGCACGAGGCAGCAGCGACAUUUCCUAAGGAGUCCUACGGGGCGGCAGCACAGCAUGGGGCAGCACGGGCCUUCCCCAGCGGCCCACACACGGGCUCCCAUCUGAAAGGAGAUCCCGGCCCUGUCUUACAUGGCAGCAGUACAAGCAACCAGUGGGAAAAUAUCCCUAAUUUCCCCAGCCAAAACAAGCCUGACCUCAUGCCCGGCGACAGCCUGUGGCCGUCAGCGAGUCAGCAGCAGUAUGAAAUAAGAAACGAGCUGUACAACCCCGAAGAGCCGACACCUGACACAAAGUUCAGCACGGCCGCCCCCCCCGCCUUCGGCCGCCUCAACCACAGCGCGCAGAGCUUCGGCAGCCCUCGCAUGAGGCAGAAGGAGGAGCGCAGUGGUGGCACACCCGAUCUGCCCACCCGCUCUCUGCCGCCACACCAGCUUGGCGACCUCCGCGGCGUGGCCCCUCUCCACUUCCCCCACAUCUGUGCCCUGUGCGACAAGAAGAUCUUCGAUCUGAAGGACUGGGAUCAGCACAUUAAGGGAAGUCUUCACAUCCAAAAAUGUAUGGCUUUUUCAGAUAACACUGGUAUCCGGUGUAUGUUAAGCUCAGCAGAUGGAACAUUGCAUUUAUCGCCAAAUAAUGCAGCAGUUUUCAAUCCAUCUAGUAUUGAAGAUUAUCCACCAAAUGUUGGUGCAUCUUUUAUCGCUACACCAGCAAGAUCCUUUGGCCAGCCAGGUCCUACAUUUUCUUCUCCUUCAUCAGGGGUAAGAUUUCCCCAGAGGAAAUCUACACAGGGUCGAGUUGUUCACAUUUGCAACCUGCCCGAGGGAAGCUGCACAGAGAAUGAUGUCAUUAACCUGGGCCUCCCAUUUGGGAAGGUCACCAACUAUAUCCUCAUGAAAUCUACUAACCAGGCUUUUCUGGAAAUGGCUUACAGUGAAGCAGCCCAAGCCAUGGUACAGUACUACAAAGAAAAACCUGCUAUGAUAAAUGAUGACAAGCUACUUAUUAGGAUGUCUAAAAGAUACAAGGAGUUGCAGCUGAAGAGACCAGGUAAGAAUGUGGCUGCUAUAAUCCAGGACAUCCACUCGCAGAGGGAGAGGGAUCUGCUACGUGAAGUGGACAGCAGGUAUGGCACUGAGAGGCCCCGCUCCCGCAGCCCCAUAAGCCGCUCACUGUCACCUCGAUCCCGCACACCCAGCUUCACUUCCUGCAGUUCACCACACAGCCCGCUGGGGACCGGCAGGACCGACUGGGGAAAUGGGAGAGAGGCAUGGGAUCAGUCCCCCUAUUCUCGACGGGAAGAGGAAAGAGAUAGCAGAGAAUGGCGAGAAAAUGGGGAUGAGAAGAGAGACAGGACUGAUACGUGGGUACACGAGAGGAAACAUUAUUCCCGACAACUGGAUAAGUUUGAUUUGGAUGAACAGCUUGAAGGAGGCAGAGGACACCGAGAAAAAUACUUAAGGACUGGUUCCCCUGGGUCCCUUCACCCUUUAUCUGGCUACAAGAACAGGGAAGAUGACUAUUACAGAAAAUCCUCUAAGUCAAAAUCGGAGAAGUUUCAGAGGCAGCUGCAGGAUUUAUCUGGGAGAUCUAAGAGAAAGGAAGAGGCAAAGUUAAGGGAACACAGGCAUUCUUACAGCAAGGACACUGCCAGGGAGGAGGCAGCUGAACAGAAGCACAGCAAAGCAUCUGAGGGCUCCAGGCAAAAACAAAGCGAUAAGAAUAAGGUGAAGAAAACUGAAAAAGACCAAGAAGAUGCUACUGUUGAAGGCAGUGAUGUGAAGGAAACCAAACCUACUGAGAACGAGCUUGAAAAAGAGGAGCAAGUUCCAGUGAAGAGCUCACCUUCAGAUAAUACACAAGAAAAAGAAUCUGGAGAGAUUCUGGAAAACACAAGGAAAGAGAAGGACCGAGACUGGGAGAGUGGAAGUGAAAUAGAAGGUGAGACCUGGUAUCUUGCUAACAUGGAGGAAUUAGUGACAGUAGAUGAAGUGGGAGAAGAUGAUUUAAUUAUGGAGCCUGAUAUAACUGAGCUUGAAGAAAUAGUCUCAGUUGAUCAAAAAAAUAAAGCUGCUUCAGAAAUGUGUCCCUGUAUGUCAUCCGUGUUAGAACUGAAAAACGAUCACAGCCACUUAACCAGGAGUGAAGACAAAUUUGCCCAUAAAGCUUUAGAAACAAACUUCAGAACAGCAAAGGGCAGUGCAGCUUCUAGUGGCUGUCAGGAAGAUGAUGAGGAUAAUGAUAAUGAUGAUGCUGUAACUGAAGCAUCAAGCCUAAAUCUGGACCCUGAACAGAAGCCAGAGGAAUUGAAAGAAGACCAAUCUGCUAAGGAGUCUGAUUGCCAGCAGAAGGAAGGAAAAAUUGAUAAGAGCUCUGACACUCAUUUAGAGCCUGAAGAUCACCAUAUACCUUCUGUUCAUCUGAAAGAAGAGACUCUUCAGCUCCCUGAUACAUUUAUAGAUGAUUACAAACAGAUGGGAUCACAAGGGGCUGAGAGCAGAGAAGUUACGGAAACACUCAUUAAAAACGCUAGUGAAGAAACAAGACAUGGAAGCCAAGAGUGUCCAGAGGCCAAGGCAAAUUCUAGGUUCUUGGAAAUGAGAUCUCUGGAAUACCCGGAGGUAGACUCUAAACAAAGGCCUUCUGCACCAGGCUGGGAACAAGAGGACGUCUUCGAGCUCAGCAUUCCCCUGGGUGUGGAAUUUGUGGUGCCUAGAACUGGGUUUUACUGCAAGCUCUGUGGACUCUUCUAUACAAGUGAAGAGACAGCAAAGACAAGUCACUGCAGGAGUACUGUUCACUACAAAAAUCUCCAGAAGUAUCUAUCCCAGCUUGCAGAAGAGAGCUUGAAAAUGAAGGAAGAAGGCAGCCCUCGGCCUCAGGAUGACACUGGCAUUGUUCCUCACUUUGCAAAGAAAAAACUAUGAUGCAGAUGAACUGGAAGAGCUGUAAUGAGUGAAUGCUGAUACUUUUUUUUUCUUUUUUUAAAAUUUCUAUGAUAUAAUUGUCAAUUUGCACUGUACAGAGAAGGGGAAAUAAAGAGCACGUUCCAUGCAUCUAUGCCCAGAGUGCCAUUAAAAACCAAAAUGCCUGAAACUGUUUCCCACGGUGAAGCAAUGCUGGCAUAUCUGUUAGAAGUGGAGCAAUUCUUUCUCACACUCUGCGUGCUGGGAGUGGUUUCCUAGAUUAAAUCAGAAUUCUCAGGGAUUCUUAAAGUUUUAGUUCUGAUGUAACAUGUCAGGUCAGGUGGAGUACUUAGAAGCACUCAGCAUCCUCCAGUGGACGCUGGAAGGAAAGGAGAUUGUGACUAUUUAUAGGCUUUAAUGUUGCUUAAAAUAUCUUCAGCCAUUUCACUCACUGCCCCUGUGAGAAGUAGAAUUUGCAUAUGUAUCUAAAGCCAUUUUGCUAAAACUAGUGAGUAGAUGGCAUAAAGUAAACCCCAUCAGCACCCAUGUCCAUGUCUUAGAGCUUGGUGAAAUGACAAAAUGUUUGUGUUGUCAAGAACUGACUGUACACUGCCGGUGUUGUGUGAAUUCCAGGGGAGCCACAGUCUGUCCCAGGGAUCUCACAGCCUGAACCCAGCACAGCAAGAGCAGUUCAGAUGCAUGUGCUGACAGCCAGCCUGCUCUGGUUUCAGCAUUUUCCAUGGUGUGAUCAGGGUGUUCUCCAGGGACCGUUGUGUAUGAAACUCUUUUUGAUAAUUCUAAAGGGUGCCAACUUUGAGUCUUACAGACUUGAAACUCUCAUGAGAGGCUUUUUAAAGUGCCACACGAUUGGACCAUGUCUCUUUUAGACAUUUUAUUCAAGAUCCUUGCUUUUGGGGUCUUUUUGUUUUCUUUAAAGCUUGCUUUUCCUCAGCUUGGCAACGUUGAAUUUUUCCUGGUUUUUAUGGAAAGAUGCCAGAUUUUUAAUAUUGUUUUUGUAUUUUAUUUCCCUGAAUUUUUUAAGGUGAAUACAACAACUGAUGGCUCAUGGAGCGCUGCACUGAGAACACAGGAUGCACCAGCAGCUCUGGCAUUAUUAUGACCUAUUGUUUCUGCACGGUCGUUGCUUAGUAUUUUGCAAAGUCCCUUUGAAAUGCACUGUACACGUUUCUGGUUCAUUUCAAUAGGGCUUUGUGUACUAAUGCCUUAAGUUUUAGCUUUCAUAUUUUUCAGAUUCUGUGCUGCCUAGGUUUGUAGCUCUGAGCUUCAUAUUAAGUAUCAGUAAACUCUCUUCACAGAGUAGGUAGACAAAACAAUUCCUUUUCCAGCUUGAUGCCAAGGACAGUAGUUACAAGUUUAAGGCCUAAAAGCACAAACAAUGGUGGACUGAAGACAGAAAACAAGAAGGAUGUGACUUCAUAAUCUGAAGCUGUAAUUGGAAAAUUAACCCAAAUAUGUAGAUGGACCAAAACUUAUAAAAAUUUGAGACCUUGUGACCAGUCGUCCAUUUUGUGACCAUUUUUAGGUCCAUCUUGGCUGUAGCCCUGGCCAGGCUCUUAUACUGCCCAAGGUGUAUCCUUUAAGGCCUUUCAAGAAAUACCUACUUUAUUCUUAACUCUGUCUGGCCUCUAUUCUAAGUCAGCCUUCUCAAGGCAUCAGCUCUAAAGUGAAUAUGCAUGCAAACCAUUGCCAGGAUUGAUCCCAGAGUUUAUAAAAUGCCUGUGCAAUCUGGAUAGGUGGGGAUUUGCAGGCAUUUCCAUUCUUUGCCUGACUCUAAUAUCCAUCACAGUACAUUCUGUAAAAAUUGCUGGUGCUGGAUGUCCUGUUCAGAUGUUGUGCAGAGGAAAGUUUCCCAGAAGGUUCUAGCUAUCCCUAAGAAUGACAGGGAUGUUGCACAAUAUUGCAAAGUGGCUAAAUUGCCAAAACUGCUUCCACCAAAGUAUUUGUUCUGUUAUGUCUUGUGCCAGUAGCUGUGCUCGUUCUCUGAAGUACCCUGUAGCCAGGCAGUAUGUCUCAGAGAUGCCUGAUGUUGUUGCCUGAAGCCCUGUUCCAUUCCAUGGCCUGUGCUUUCCACUCAUUUUUACCAGAGGUAGGUUCAGAUUUCAUAGUUGGAAUUCCUGCUUCUUGCAAGUUGAGGGAUUCUUUGCAUCCCAGAUUCAGACAGAGCCUACCAAACGACAAGGGGAAAUUAAAAACAUUGCAGCCUAAAUUCUCCUUUGUCCAGGCUUGAAGUAUGUUAAUACUUGUGUCCAUCUGUCAUUUAAAACAUCUAGUUCGGGGUUGAUUUUUUUUUGGUUUGGUGGUUAGGGUUUUUUGUUUGUUUGUUUGUUUGUUUGUUUGUUUUGUUGGCUGUUUUUGUGGGGGUUUUUUUUGUUUGUUUGGGCUUUUUGAUUUUGUUUGUUUGAUUUUUUGUGGGGAGUUUUUUUUUUUUCCCCUAUGGAGAAGGAAAAAAACCACCAAUAUUGCAAACCAGGUAUUUUUCCUUCAAGGGUUGGGUUUUCCUUUGACUGUUUUUCACAUUGCGGUGAAAAUUGAGCACAGGGCUAUUAGGACAAGAGCUUGUAUUGCAGGCUGUAAGAUGAUGAAAAUGGCAGUAAAGAUUGUGCAAUUGUCUUCUAAAGUGCAGCUCUCUAGCUGGUCAUGUAUCAUCUGAAUAUGAAGUUCCCUUCAUGCCCUUCAGCACAAACUGAACACAAGGGAGGAAAUCACUACGAAUGCAAGCAUCAAAUCUUUGAAGCUAACCCUGCUAUCAAACUGGGGCUCUCACCAGCCUAAUGGGAGCUUGUUAGACCAUGUGGUUUAAGCUUAAUUGGAUGUGAGACAUAGCUGACUGUAUAUCAAAGUCAUAUGCCUCCAGCAACUUUAUCCCCAGGUAACCUCAAAUGAGAAAAGUAUCACUGUUAUUAUUCUUUAUUUGUAGUGCAGCAGAAGCUACAGGUCCACUGCCUUUAUUAUAGGCAAGGCACAAAUCCACAACAAAGACUUUCCCAGGCCAAAGAGCUUUAAAUCACACUUUCUGAAAACAGACAACAGGUGGAUACAGGCAGGCAGGGAAAGCAGCAGGUAACCAUGAGAUUUUGACUGGCAGAAGAAGAAUAAUUAAAGUGAGUGUUUACCCAGGGGCUUAUUUUUGGACUUAUGGGAGAUGAUUCAAACUACUUUCCCCCUCCUCUGGUUCUGAACCAGGUUCACUCCCUUUAUUCACAGCAAUGCAAAACCCCUUCUUCAUACAGUGGGCCUUGGUAUCCUUUGGUUCCCAGCCAUUUCAGUCUCCAGAGGUGGAGUCUUGACCGAGGCUCAGUAGGAAAUGCCCUGGCUCUAGACACCUUGUUUGGGUCACAGCUACAGGUCCUUGCUUGCCACCGAGGAAGGAGGUGGCUCUAGAUGGCAUCUCUGCCCUGUGCAGUUUCCUCUUCUGGAGGGAGAUGACUCAGGUGAACAAUGCAGGUGCAGAGCCCAGCCCUGUAGACGUGAUCAGAGCCAGACAUUUGCAGAGGUGGUUUGGACACCCCAUCUCUUUGGGCUCUGUCCCGACAAAACAGCAAUCUGCAAAAUCUGGGAACAAAGCGCCAAAUGGGCACUUCCCCUUCUGAGAAGGUCCUUUCUCCCCUAAACCUCAACAGCUGAAAGCAAUCCCAAGUCUCAAUUAGCUCCUAAUGAAGCCCAUGAUCAGUUUUCAGCUUGAUGCACUUCAAAAACUCAGAGAUAAUCUCCUUCCCUCUCCAACAGGCCAUCAUACAAUGCUGACAGGCACUCCUCAACUUCUCUCUACUACCUAUAUUGCUGAGGAAGAAUUCUGCUGUAAGCAGGCCCUUACCUUCCUCAGCUUGUGUAAAAAUGGGUUGGUUUUUUUGCUUUAUUAUAUUUAAAAUCUUGACUAUUUUUAGUUGGCAUAAUUCAUCAUCACUAUAAUCCACGCUGUUUAUUUAUAUAUAUAUAUAGCACAAAGCAGGCUCAGGUCUAGCCAAACAAAUAUUGAUACUUAAAAAGGAGCUUCCUUAAUAUAUCAAAGCCAUUUCAAUACAUCUCAACCAAAGAUUGCACUUUUAUAGUAGGGACUAUGUUUUUGAUCUCUGUGAAAUCUAUUAAUCUCAAAUAGUCUUUAAUGUCAAUCUGCAACUUACUUUCUUCGAAGAAAAAAAUGAAAGAAUUAAACAUCUGCCCCAUUAGAUCAGACAAAGUUUCACAUUGGCUUUAACACUAAAUUAGUGUUAGGCUGGUUAUAAUCAGGGUUUUUUUUCUAUUAUUUAAGGAUUAAGGCUGUGAUUUGUUGUAUUAUACUUGAACUGGACCAGAUGUACUAUUUAUUGAGCUUAUAUAAUCUUGUUAAUUUAAGUUUUGGUUUGUAAACAGUUGAAAUUUGUUAGUACUUGUUUAAUUAUGUAGGAAUUGUCACCAAUAUUAACUGAUCUGUGUAACUGAUUGCAAAGUGUUUCAAUUUGUGUUUCUUAAGAAGAAAAAUUUUAAUAAAGAUAAUUAUAAAGCAUA